AUGCUCUCUCUCUCUCUCUCUCUCUCUCUCUCUCUCUCUCUCUCUCUCUCUUGGAAACUAAAUACUUUUCUUUUGCAGAAGUCAACUCCCUCAUCAGAUUUUCCUCUGCGGCAUCCAGCACUCCUCAGUCCCCUGGCUGCACCUGAUGCUAUCAAUAUGUAUGUCAAGGUAUAUCCAAACAUCGAUGAGAAGCAGACUGACUCUUCGUCUCAGUUAACCACGAAGAUUCCAUCUAUACAGGUGGAAAAACCUGAAAAUGACCAUGCAAGCGAUGAAAAGACCUUUUUUGCCAAAGAGAUGCUUGUGCCUUUUCACCGGGACUUCUCUUUCCCUCAGAUUAGGCCGAAUAUAAGAGAUUGUUCAUCAAAAACAAGUUCAUAUCUUUCAUUAAAUUUGUUGGCCGGCAAACUCGUAUCUCUUAUUCUUCUCUCUCUCUCUCUCUCUCUCUCUCUCUCUCUCUCUCUCUCAUUUCUUCAUAUAUCAUCAUCAUCAUCAUCCUCCGAUCUCCCUAUGAAAGAAUAUCUAGAAUGCCUUGGAAAAUUUGAAGUCGCUCAAAAGAAUCUGAUGUCGCUUAUGGAUGAAAUCAAUCAACUCACCGAAGAAGUAACGGACCUCCACAAAGAAAACCAAACACUGCAAGGAUUAUACAACCAACAAGACGAGUUUCUAGCUCUCCGCUUUCUCUUUCUUUCUCUCUCUUUCUUUCUCUCUCUUUCUUUCUCUCUCUCUCUCUCUCUCUCUCUCUCUCUCUUUCUCUAUUUAUAUAUUCUACACGUCCUCACAUAA